CUAGGAGAGAUUUCAGACGCGGACUAGCCUCGUCCAGAAUUCUGGGAAUUGUAGUCCUUUUUUACUUAAAGGUUCACCACUGGUCUCCAGAAAGAACUACAUUUCCCAAGAACCAGUACUCUAUGGAAUGUGUGUGCGGCUAAGACAGUUUGUUGCUCCAGGAGUGGAGAAUCGUUGGAUGGCUUUCUGAAUAGAGACGUGAAAAGUGCGAAGUGACUAAAUGGGCGCCAAGGCGGAAAACUAGGGAGCGGGAGAUGUCAGGAGCCUUGAUGUGGAAUGCACUACCUGUUUGAAGAGUGAAGCCUUAGACACCAAAGAUAAAGUGGCCUCGUGAAUAGGAAUGCCUGGUCAGACAUCAGGCUUGGAGAUUAUGGAUGAAGAUCGGUUAAUUGAAGAAGUCUUGGAUAAGUUUGUUAGUUGUCAUGAGCAAACAUACGAAGAAUUUCUGAGCACUUUUAUUCAUCUUUCAAAAGAGGAUAAUGGGACCAAAAAGGGAGCAUUUGGAACUGAUUCUUCAGAAAACAUAUUUACCUCAGUAAAAUUUACUCAUAAAAUGGAACCAAAUGACCAUCAUCUUAGAAAUAAAACCAUCUUUCUUCGUACUUCAUCACAGUGUUCCGAAGAAGAACAGGUAAUACAGAUCGUGAUGGAUGAAGGCCAAAAAGUUGGCAGUGCUUUUCAAGGUGAUCUGAAUCGGGCAGGAAGGGUGAAGAUAGACAAUUUCCUAGAUUUAGAAGAUCUGGACAUGGAUGAAGAUAUUAAGCCUCAGAUGAGCAAGGAUUUGCUGCUGCUUCCAGGAGAAGUGGAACAAGACAUCAGCACCAGUGCUCCUGCUUAUAUUCCUUCAGUGGGCCAGCGUCUUACCCCUAAAGUAAAGCCAAGGCCUACCAUAAAUGGGGCUGGCAAACCCAUGGAAGAGGUACUUGGAGACGAAGUUCAACCCUUCUCACUUGAUGAAGAAUUUGAUUAUGACAAUGUGAUGCUAACCCCCAAGUUCACUUCUGCAGAAAUGGACACCAUCAAAGAGCUCUGUAAACAAAAGAAGGAGAACCCCAACACGGACUUAGAGGAGCCCCAUGACUGAUUCACUAAGGCACCUUUAUAUUUAUUUUCACUUUGCUCUUAUUCAAACAGAAUUAGAAUAAAAUC